CAUGCACGGGAGAAGAAACGCUUGCGAUCUGUCACUCUAUGGUCUGGUUUUGAUUUAUCUCAAAUGCUCCAGCAUAGCGGGUGUUAAGAUUAUGGGCCAUGAUACAACAGUCAUGGAAGGAGGGAAUGCCACUUUGUUUUGUCAUCUGACUGAGACGGAGGAGAAUUUAACUCGUAUCGUCUGGCAGAAACAGACAAGAGGGAUCCAUGAGAAGCACAGCUUCUUUAUCAUCCACAAAGAUGGGAAAACUGAACACAAAAAUUAUUUAAAGGACACGGUCAGAUUUAUUGGGAACUUUAAAGAGAAUAAUGGAUCGAUUCAGCUGCUGGGACUGUCGCUCCUGGAUGAUGGGAUCUACACUUGCAUCUUCAACACAUUUCCGAGUGGACAAAUUCUGACAAACAUUAAUGUCACAGUACAUGUUCCUCCUGCUGUGAAAGUUAUGGGAAGCACACAUUUUUCUGAUCAUUAUGACGUUACUUUGGCGUCAUGUGUAGCCUCGAAUGCACGGCCUGCAGCAGAAGUGUUGUGGCGAUUAGGAGCUCUGGAUGACUCUCUGAGAACAGAAACCAGCUGCACACAGCACUCAGACGGGACCGUCACUGUUGUGGCCAACAUACUGGGUGCUCCAUCUAAACAUUUAAACCAGAAGAAGAUCCAGUGUGUUGUAAAACACAGCACACUGACAAAGCAGCUUGAACUCGACUACGUGAUAAAUGUCCACUAUCCUCCAGAAUUGGUGGUGAUAAUCCCUGAUGAUCCAACAGAGGCUGAAGAAUAUCACUGUUUAGUGGAUUGUAACCCAGCACCGACUAGCUACAUCUGGAUCAAAGUGAAUGGAAGUACUCCGCAUUCUGAAGGCAAUAAACUUUUCAUCCCAAAAUCUUCCUCUGAUGUGAAUGGUGUGUACGUCUGUACAGCAUCAACCGGGUAUGGAAGUGUGUCAGGUGUGCUCUAUGUGGAUAACACUGGAUCCACUGAUGUCUGUUGGGAUCUGUUGGGUUUUAUCUCCAGCUGUGCCAUCCUGGGAUUUACUGUGGUUUUUAUUCUGCUCAGUGUCUCGAGGUCUAAAGUUCUACUGAAGCAAAUGACAGGACACGGAACAGUGAGGAGCCCAGGGAAGAACCGAUUGCAACAGGCGUCGGGGGCCAACCCCUGCGGUGAAGACUACCUCAUAGGCCUUCCCCCUCCCUAG